AUGGCACCAAAUCCUUCCUGGUAUAACGAAGAUGUGCGUGAUGUGAGUCAGUACUAUAAGAACCAUCGUAAAAAGCGAAAAAAGUCGCGAGUGGUGAAAAAAUCGCGCAGUCUUUUCAACAAAUUGUUUCGUCGUCGUCGAAAGAGUUAUGAAACGCUGAAAGAGGAAGAAGAAGAGGAUUCGCCGCAAGAGGAAGGACGCAGGCUGGGACAUCAAGUGUCUGACUUAUCCGAAAGAAUAAGGAUACUUCUGGAAUCAAAUCCCAAUGUCUACAGAGCGAUUCUAGCAACGAAUCUGCGAUUACAUCAAAAUAAUCCGUGGGAAGCGGGCUGGGGAUGUGGUUAUCGAAAUUUACAGACGCUAGUGGAUAGUAUUGCAUGCGAUCAAGUGUUAAGCGAGGCCAGUGGCUUAGAUAGCAUUCCGACAUUUCUCGAAAUUCAAGGGAUAAUUGAAGAGGCAUGGCAAGCAGGAUUUGAUCCGGAUGGAGCCAGGAGCAUGCGCAACUCUGUCAUCAGUAGCACUAAGUGGCUUGGUGCUAGUGAUGUCGCUACUUUUUUGCAAGUACCAAUUUCAGAAGAUUUUUGCAAACAUCUAAAUUUUGCUCAAAAAAUUUUACUUUAA